UUUCAGGGAGGUGGCGACUGUCCAGAGAUGAGUGUUGGAGCCAUCAAGAUCGCAUUGGAAAUUUCCUUGCCAGGCUCCUACAUUUACGUCUUCACUGACGCCCGCUCUAAAGACUACAGACUGACGCAGGAAGUCUUGCAGCUCAUUCAGCAGAAGCAAUCACAAGUCGUGUUUGUGUUGACUGGGGACUGUGAUGAUAGGACUCACGUCGGCUACAAGGUUUAUGAGGAGAUUGCCUCCACUAGCUCGGGGCAAGUCUUCCAUUUGGACAAGAAACAGGUCAACGAGGUCCUUAAAUGGGUGGAGGAGGCCGUGCAGUCAUCCAAGGUCCACCUGCUGUCCACUGAUCACUCCAACGGGGUCAGCAACACUUGGCAGAUGCCCUUUGACCCCAGCCUGAAGCAAAUCACAGUGGCUCUCAGCGGUCCAGCACCUGACAUUGAGAUAAAAAACCCAGAAGGUACAACA